UAUGAGAAGUAAUCACCACUUGCUCAGAGUUCUAGCCUUCUUAAGGGUCUUUCGAAGACACUUAAAUGUGCACCGCCAUUCCAUAGUAAUUAAUUCCUUGCUAAUCCCUCAAUUAGGGUGGUUUCUCACGUUUUUAGAUUUAUUAAAAAAUCCAACCUCCAGAUAUAAAAAAAAAAACUUUCCUAUAAGCAAAGCUUCAAAAUUCCCGCCUAUGUGUGCCCGCGCGUGACGGUUUUGGAGGGGGAGGGAGUACCCGCGCAUAAGGAAGCGCGGGUAACACUUCCACCUCCAGCUUCGUCGUCCGCUUUCGCAUUUCGACAUCGCGGCGAGAUUCGACGUUCUUCCCAGCCGGGCAGUUCGCUUAAUUUGUUUCAGAUAACAAACUAUGGCAUCACACAUUACCGGAUCAUGGCUGAAUAUACACGACUGCAGAGUCAGUAUGAGGCCAACGCAUGCGCACCGAAGUGCGCACUAGAAUCAUCAUGAAAAUAUAAACAUGUGGGCGCUGCCAUGUUUGUCGCAGGACAUAAAAAAUUGGCGGACCUCCCCCUCAUUGCAUCACACCCGCAAUGGCAUGCGUAGUCCCUUGUUUCCUAUGACCAUGGAAAAUACCUAAUCGAAAACUGUCAAAACGUACCCGUUUUCACGUUUUGUUUGGUUGGUUUGUGCGUUGAAUUACGGAAUUAAUGCCCGUAUUUAAAGUGAUUUUUAAUGAUAAAAGUGCCCAAAUAUUUAUAAAUAAUGCCGAAAGUUGUAUCAAGAAGUAUAAUAUGUUCAGACACAAAAGAUCAGGAAGAAUACAGCGAAGAAAAACCUUUGCACAUCUACUACUGCCUCUGUGGCCAAAUGACUUUAAUAUUAGAUUGUGCUUUGGAAAAAUUGCCACUUCGUAAAAGGGAUGGUGCCAGGGUAAUUGAUGGCAGCAAACACGCUCACAAAAUGACAUCUGAACAGGAUGAAACGAUUUAUUUGAAACGCGAGGAAGGCAUAGAAAAACAACACAGGUUAAAAUGCAAAAAAUGCGGAUUGUUACUCUAUUACAAACACGAUCCAGCAGCAAAUAUAGUUUUUAUUGUGAAAGGGGCAGUAAUAAAAAGUUCAGGUGAAGGACCCAUGACUGAUAUUUACAAUCAAGUAGCAACUGAAAAGCCGAAGAAAAUAAUGGUCACCAAACACACGAAGAACAUGGGAAAAUUCAGUUCGGUUACUGUUUCUACAAUUGACGAAGAAGAGGAUGAAAUCGAAGCUAGAGAGGUUGCUGAUUCGUAUGCAAAUAAUGCAAGGAUAAUUGAAAAACAACUAGAGAGAAAAGGCAUGCACAAACGACAAGCUAUGCCACCACCAGAAGCUGAAACAAAACGAACAAGGCCGAGGGGAACGUUAUUAGAUAUGUAAUUUUUAAUUUAAAAUUAUCUUUUUGUGUAAUCUGUAGGUCUGAAAUUUUGUAAAUAGCAAUUAUUCGAAAUUGAUUGAAUCGAAGGAUGUAAAUAUGUUCAGGAUCUAAAUGAAGACACGUUUAAUUUACAACUUUCUAUCCUUAUAUUGAGAUGUUUUCAUAACAUUACAUAAAGUAAAUAUUCAAAAUAUAUAAAUGACUAGAU